CCCUCUCUAUCUCCCUCUCUCUGCAGUCUGCAUGCUGAAAGAGAAGAGAAGCAUUAAGCACCCAAAUUUCACACAUCAAAUUCGAAUACAUUACUAAAACCAGCAAUGGUUUACGCUCUGUUCACAUCUCUAGCUCAAUCUUCAUUUUCAAGUUUCUCAAACUCACCCAAGCUACGUUCCUCCAAAUACCAAAGCCAUGGCCUUUUUCUCAACGCCCACAAUGGCUUUAACGCCAAGUUUUCUCCACGCCAAUCAACCCAGCUUACAAGGCUCAGAUAUGUCAGAAGGUCGCCUUACAUUUGCUUUUUCAAUGGCGGAGGAAAGCCCAAAGGCGAUUUACAAGAAAAGGAAACUGGAGCGCAGUGGCAGAUUUUGAAGCGAUGGGAGGUGCCCUGGGAAUGGCAAACAGUGUCCUUAACAUCACUUGCUUGUGGACUGAGUUUUAUUUUGACAGGAUUGGUAGAGACAGCAGCUAUACCGUAUUUAGGACUUCGAGUUCAAGAUUUGAGUAUAGAUGAAAAGGCAGAGAUACUGUUUCUUGAUCAAAGUAUUACAACUGCAGCUGUACUUGCAGUUCUGUAUACUGUUGCCAGCACUUUCCAACCGCUGCCUCAAGACGUUUAUCGCUAUGAUUUAAAGGACCCUUUCAGUCUACAGAAGGGGUGGCUUUUGUGGGCAGGGAUUGGUCUUGCUGGUGCAAUAGCUGCCAUCGCAGUGACAGGGGCUGCCAUGUCCUUGUUCACGGGGGAGAGCCCAGAGAGAGAGAAGGACGCUCUAGUUAGCUUGCUUCCACUGAUUGGAUCUUCAAGUGUCAGCACUGCUUGCUUGCUAGGCAUCACUGGAGUUUUGGCUCCAAUUCUUGAGGAAACUGUAUUUCGGGGUUUUUUUAUGGUCUCCAUGACUAAGUGGGUACCUACACCAGUUGCUAUUGGAAUAAGUGCAGCUGUAUUUGCACUUGCACAUCUCACUCCUGGAGAGUUUCCACAGCUGUUUGUGCUAGGCUCUGCUCUGGGAUUGUCAUAUGCUCAAACUCGCAACCUUUUAACCCCCAUCACAAUACAUGCUCUCUGGAACUCAGGAGUGAUAUUGCUUCUGACCUUCCUUCAGCUACAAGGGUACGAUAUCAAGGAAUUGCUGCAGACAACCUGAUAGGAGUUGGAGUUUCUUUGUCAUUGAUGAUACAGAGCAUUUUCUAAGGGGUCCAUAAAAGUUACAAGCGUCUGUAAGGCCUGCAAGGAUUACUUAAAAGUUGCCGAAGUUUAGAAUAUAAUUUUUUCUCUGGUUUUUGGUUUCUUGGUGGUGGUCACCCAUAUCCCACAGUCAUGAGUUUGUAUUUGAGACCUUGAACCUACUUUCGGUUCUAACAAUGGAGACGCAGAACGGUGCAAACAAAUGAAUGGGUGGAUCAUUGAUGUGUAUAUUGUGAAUUGACGACGAUAGUGAAGGGUUCAAUAUUAUCCUUUUUUUUUUUUU